UCGUUCUUUGUUUGGUUUGUGGAACUGCAAAUUCUCGUUCUCUGUUCAAGUAUGGUAUCGGGACGUUUACGGUGAAGUUUUGUUGCUCGGUUUCCGUUUGUCCAGUACGGGAAUAAUGUUUUGGGUUUAUUAGUGGUUCGGAAGUUGAAAAAGUUCUUGGCAACCAUGACAGCGGCCGCGAACAACAUCGAAACGGAAUAUUUGGAAUUGAACUCGAAAGAUGACUGGCCGGCAUUUUAUCAGAAAAUACGAGCCAAAAGCCUUAAACAGGGCGGGACUUGUAUGGAAGCGCUGAAACCCCAAAACAAAGUGCUAAAUAGAUAUAGAGACGUGCAUCCCUACGAUCACAGUAGAAUUGUUUUGCAACGCGGUUCGACCGAUUAUAUAAAUGCCAACUUAUGCAGAGUAGAAAAAGCUAAUAGGAAAUACAUUUUGACGCAAGGGCCACUGGCCAAUACGGUCAGCCACUUUUGGCUGAUGAUUUGGGAACAAAAUAGCAAAGCUGUGUUAAUGCUGAACAAAUUGAUCGAGAAAAAGGCGGAAAAGUGUUACCAGUACUGGCCCGCUAAGGUAGGCGCGACAAUGAGCUUUGACGACGUCGGGCUCACCCUCGAGUAUCUCGAGCAGCAAGACCACUCCUACUACCUGACCAGAGUGCUGAGGUUGACUGACACGGAGAGCGAUAAAUCUAGAGAUAUACUUCAGUUCCAUUACAUCACCUGGCCCGAUUUCGGGGUGCCUUGUUCGCCGACGAAAUUCCUCGAUUUUUUGAAGAGGGUGAGGACGGCCGGGGUGUUGGAGGAGAACGUGGGGCCAGCCGUGAUUCACUGUUCGGCCGGCAUCGGCCGCUCUGGGACAUUUUGUCUCGUGGAUUCUUGCCUUGUUCUUAUUGAAAAGUACGGCCUAAACUCGGUGAACGUCGAGGACGUUCUGCUGGAGAUGCGGAAAUACCGGAUAGGGCUGAUCCAGACCCACGAGCAGUUGCGGUUCUCUUAUCAGGCGAUCAUCGAAGGGGUGAAGCAGCUGCUCAACCCAUCGAAUACGGAGGAGGGCACUGAAUCGAAUCACGCCGACGCGUCGUAUAAAUCUGGCUCGCCAGGUGGCGACAUCGUCGAGGAGGCGGUCACUUCCGAGGAGGAGGAGGACGACGAGCCGCCGCCCCUGCCUCCGCCCCGCAUAGACAGCCUGUCCUGCCAAAACGGGGUCUCUUCCUCCACCCCCUACGCUAACCGUCCACUGCCCACUAUACCGACCAGCGUGUCGGACGACGAUUUGACCUACAAAGAAAACGGCGACGAGAAACACGUGCCGAGCGGCCCGUUGCCUGUCGUGCCGGCAGAUGGCGAAGGCAGCAGCGAGGACGACCUGGAGGAGGAGAGCGACGAAGAUGACGACGGCGACGAGGACGCCGAUGAUGAGGAACGGGUCAAGUCGGACAGUCCUGCUUCAGAUCAGUCCGCGAGCGCGGCGGACCUGAGGCACCGGAAACGUGUCGAACGGAAACAGCACAUGGAGGCGCAGGUCAGGGACAUGAAGCGGCGACAGCAGGCGAACGAGCAAUGGACGCAGCUGAAGAGGUCUCUAUAUUUACCUUUGUUGGCGGUAGGGGGCGUGGCGGUGCUCUCGGGCGGCUGCCUCGCCGCCUACCUGUACUAUAAACAAUAGACGCCGCGAGGGGGCGGGGCGGAUGGCCAUAAAAAAGAAUUGGAAUUCGAUUUACGCACAUAUCAGCGAGCUAGAGGUGGGAGGAGCGAAGAAAAUUUUUAUUUCGUCGAGUCGUUGGUAGUAGUUCGUAAAGACGGUCGUCGCUAGCCUCACCCCUCUUACCUUAGCCCCACCCCCUCAUCCGUCGGUUUUUUCAGAAUUUUUACUCGUUAUUUUCGGAUGUCAGAUGUCCAAGUACUAUCGGUUUAAGCAUUCCUUUGAAAGUGCCUUUUUUUUAUACUUAACUGCCGCGACGCACUUUUCAUUUGUACCUAGGUAUCUGUUUCACCCUGUAUAAUGUUAGAUUGUAAAAAAAAGAAUCGAUAAAUGGUGGAGCCUGAGCUGUGUGGUUUCGGCAAUCUAGGGGGAAAGGGAUCUCUGUUAGGAAACCUAAAAAAUUAACUAAAAUCCUAGGAAAAUUUUUGUUUAAUUCUUGACCAUCAUAAAUACUAUUUAUCGGGUCACCUGAUUAUGGGAAAAAUUGUAAAUAAAACCUUUCUUUACUUGUCUAAUGGCAAAUAGCAUUUAAUGUAAUGCACUGUUAGUUUUUUAAAGAUAACCCAGUUGUUUUUUCAAAUAGCACUUUAGUGGGAACAAACACUUUCUAAAACCGCUACUUUUUUUGCAAUAUUUUGACGCCAAAAGUAAUGUUCUGUCUAUUAUGUUUAUCUAACAGCAAAUUACAAUAUCGAAGUGUUAUUACAAAGUCGGCUUCAUAAAAAUGUUGAUGAAGAUUAGACUUAAAAAAAUGAUAACCGUGUUUACCUUGAGGUAUCCCACAACAUCAAAUCCCAUUUCUUCAUUUAUAAUAAAAUUAUCAUGCCGAUUAUUUUGUGAAUUUCUUAUAUUCAAUUCCAGCAUUUUAAAGAAAGUAUGCACGGGCCUGUCGAGAGUUUUUUCUGCAUUCUCCGUAUAUCAGAAACAUCAACUUUUUCUCAAUUUGUAAAUUGAUUAUUGUUUUCCAUGAUAAUCCAAAUCGAUAACACGACAAAAUCGAUAAUCGGAUAAAAAUGUACAAACUGUCAGAAUGUUCAAUCAUGCCGACUUGAUGAAUAGAAGUAUAUUUUGUUUUUAUAAAAAUGUAUUUACUUUACUGUUUUUUCCUUCCUGUGAGUUUAUUUUUUAACGGAUUUAGUGUCAAAGUGUUGCAAAAAAAGUACCGCUUUUAAAAAGUUUUUGUUCCCAUUAGAUUGCUAUUUGAAAAAAACUAGGUUAUCCUAAAAAAAUAAUGUUUCAUUGCAUUAAAUGUUAUUUGCCAUUAGAUAAGUAAAGAAAAAUUUAGUUUACAUUUUUUCCCAUUAAGUGACCCAAUAAAUAGUAUGAUGGUCGCAGCCUUCUAGACACAAUUUUCAAAGUUAAAAAGAAGAAAAGAAGAAGAACCGUUCUAUUCUACGUGGAAUGAUCUCCUGCACGUUGCACCUUCAGACUAUAUUAAUUAACCGUUCCAAAUUUCAAAUCACUAUCUCAAGCCGUUUAAAAGUUCUAAGAGUGUUCCCUCUUUCUUGUGUCACCCGGUAUACUCCCGCUAAAAAUUCAUACUUUUUUUUUCUUCCUGAGUUUCAAGUUUUGUUUUAUACAUUUCGACAUAAUUAACGAUACCAUUUGGUGUUGGGAAUUUGUUAUUCACAAAUUAAAUUAUUAAUUAAUUAAUACACUUUUAAGAGUCAUUUGCUGUAAUCUCAAGUAUCGUUGCCGAAACUGUCCAGCGUCAGGUUUUUGCAUCCCUUAAAAUGACAAUAGGUCUUGGGUGACGGAGGCGUCAUCCAAUCGUUUUUUUUUAUUAAUUUGAAUUCAUUGUCUACGAAUCCCAUUGUCGAUCUAGUAUUAUAACGAAAAUGUGAUUCCAUAUAUAAAUAUGUAUAUCGUAAAGAGUGGGGGAACAUUUUUUCUUUUCGGAACUAUAUAUACGGACCAUCCGGCGAGAUAAUUAAUACACCUAAGUUUCUUAUUCCAGGCCAAAAACGACACUUCAAGACUGACAUUUGAAAUUUUUUUGGAGGCACCUGGACUAUGACACAUUCAGACUAGUCGAGGACAAGUUCUGCGGUUUGACAUUUUAAGAAAUUUCACACUCACUCGCUCCUCCUUUCGUAUUUAGUUCUCGUCGAUCGGUGAAAGCUUUUAGAGAAAUUUAUAGCGUCUUGUUUUGGUUUUACAGGGCGCCAAACAAAGGUAAUUUUUAGACCGUAUUUUUCCAGUCUCGUAGUAACUUGAAGUGUGUUUUUGGCCCCCCCCCCCCCCCCUCCCCAUAACAUAGAACCACUGUACUAUUCGAACUGAAUUAAUAAUUAAAUCGACUAUCAUUUAUGUAAUAGAAAAUUUUACGUAAUAUUAUAAUUAUAUAUUUUGCCCUAGUAGUACUUUAAAAACAUUUUUACUAAUUAACGAACAUAAAU